CCCCGAAGUCACGUCAUAAUAACUGAAUAACGGAAGGGACGCAGCAGCUGCAGUACUAGUACCUUCCCUGACCAGUGUGAUAUUCCCAAAUGCAUCAACCAGCUAGAGAGGAAGGAGCUUCCUCGAAACAUCGAAGCUGACCAGAAUAGAUCAGCACUAAACCAUUUGACUAGCGAUGCCCUCUCCACCUAGGCCUCCAUCUGGGCCGAGAAAUCCUUCCCGUGGGAGCGAUACCGGUUCAUCCCAAGCAUCAUCUAGCGCCUUCUCCCGAGGUGUGAUGAUGAAGCUCACAGAACUAUACGCAGAUCGGUGCUGGGUAUGUAGCAGUGCUUUUCCACACGCCUGUCAUGUCAUCGGACAAGAGGAUCGUCAGGCUUCAUUGUGGCAGGACUUGGGAUUAAUGAAUUUUGCACUUGGUUCGGAGGCUAAUGCUAUCCCGCUGUGUGCCCAAUGUCAUGGUCAUUACGACAAUGCCUUAGAUCCGCACCUUCUCAUUAUGCCCACUGAUUUGAACUUCUUUGUGGAAUACGAAUUAGAGGAUUCAGAAAGGAGACGAGUUGCCGCGGGGACAGGAGAUACGAAACGUCGAGUACCAUCAGCCGAGAUGUAUCGCCAACACCUCAUCAAUAAAGGUGAUAUCGGAGCAGAUUCUAUAGGAGGUUUGUAUAUCCCGGUUUUUCUGAAACAGUAUAUGUUUGUCGGUGUGGAUCCAAGUUUAGCUCGGACUAUGCUGCAUACAUUUACAGUACCCAAAUCUUGGCACGGGCCCCCAGUCGCAAUGCUACGAAGAGCCCUGCUUGUUCUUGGGAGCCCUCGGCAGAACGUACUGUCACGGGAAACUCUUGAUAUCUUAGAUCGUUUAAGAAAAUUAUACUUCCUCGAAGAGGAAGAAAAUCCGCCCCAGGACAGGCUUGAGCAGCCCCCGAAAAAAAACAACAUGCUUAUCCCGAAGAAGCGUUCAGUGGACCAGUCUCAUACAGACACCCAACCCCCGUCCCCCAAAAGGCGGCGAGAUCUCCAAGAUAGCGAUGGGCAUACACAAGAUUCACAGGCGAUGACUUACUGUCCAUACGUGAAUGCAGUCGUCCACGCUCAUUGGUCCUUAGGACCCGAAACGUCGGCAAAUGAUGCGAUCUCUCGGUUUGCGCCACUUUUGCGCCAAUACCCUACCUAAUAAGAGUGGCCCCUGUCAUUCCCUUUGUUACCAAUUUCCGAAAGUGUUGAUUUUAAUCUGUGGUUGUGGGAAGGAGCGUCGGACCCUGGGCAGGGACCAGGUCAACAGCCACCGCGCACGAACCACGGAGUCGUGCCGGAUCCACGGAAAGGGUAAAGAUGGGGCUCACUGGCCGAUGCAGCACCUGCAGCCAAGAACCAGAGUACUUAGUACUAGAAAGUAGUGUUAGCUAGUCUGGAAAUAUCCAGUUGGCAGUUUACAG